AUUCAACUCACAACCACAAAGAGAAUGGACAUCAAUUUAAUCUUUGCUCUACAUCGUUUAGUAUCAAGCAAUGAAGAUCAUUUAAUUUGAGUAAGAAUCAUCGGAAAAGAAGAUGAGAGCAAUUGCGUGUAUCACUAUUCUCAUUUGGGGAGCAAUUUUAACCAACAAGAAUGUCAGCGGAACAUUUUGCUCUUCAGGCUCCCUGAGUCCACAUACCGGGUUCUGCUACCACGUCCAUCCAGAGAAAAAUGCCAUAGUGGAAGAUUCGAGAAAGAUCUGCCGAGACACCUACGGAGGAGAUGUUCCUUCCAUCUUUUCUGAUGAUGAAAAUACGUUCAUCAAAAACCUCCUAGAACUGGAAAAUCAUGACUAUUACUGGAUAGGUGUCAACGAUCUGUUGAUAGAAGAUGAUUUCCGUGACGUCAUGCGAAACGAGAGACUUAACUACAGUAACUGGAAAGAAAAUGAACCAGACAAUGUGUUUUCUGCCGACUGUGCCGCUAUGGAGAGAUCAAGUGGUGAAUGGGUAGAUUACUCAUGUACGACAUACCCAAUCUUCGCACUGGGAAUCAUCUGUCAGCAACCCCCUAAUCCAAACCCAUACACACUGUGUCCUGCUAAUAUGCUCAACUAUAUCACUUCUUCGGGAACAGAGUGCUACUGGUUUUCUAUGGAGAAACUAACAGCUCUACAGGCCGAAUCCAAUUGUACAUCUAUGGGCUCUAAAUUGGCUUUCAUUGAAGACCAAGUCUUGGAUGUUUACCUUUAUUCCUACCAACAGAGUGCAGAGAUGGACACGUUAUGGAUUGGGACUCAGCAAUUGCUUGAUAGCAGUGGUCAAAGUUACCGAUCGGUAGAGUUUGGUACGACCAAACCCGCUUACUAUGAUAACUUCAUGUCCACAUACUCGGGAAGUGAGACCCUUAUCUGUGCAGCCAAGAUCAGAUCAGAAGGCGGAAAGUGGAAUCAAUUAAACUGCGACGAUGGAACGUACAAUUUCGUUUGCCGGUUUAAUGGGACAGAAACUAAUACAUCUACGGAAACCACAGUUGCAACAACAACCACCAUUUCCUCUGCCACGCCAGCCGAUACCACUAUCCACACAACAACUGAAGCUACGACUCCUUCUUCCACCACUCCAACGCCGACCAUAACAGAAUCUACAACAGUCGUGCCAACUACGACUCAAUCAACUACAACUAUUCCUACAACAACAGAACCUACGACACCAAAACCUACCACAACGGAAGAAGAUACAACAACUUUACCCUCUACCACACCAACCACUACUCACAAUCCAACUACAACCGCAGUAACAACCACCAUACCAACAACAUACGCUUCUACAACGCAACCUUUCACAACAGAUAGAGUAACAACUACCACUACUACAACUACUCAAGCCACAACAUCGGAAACAACCGCAACAUCCAUUGCCAUAUCCACGGAAAGCACAGGAUAUUCAACAGGUGACACAGUCGUAGACAGUCUUUUAAAGGAUGCAUGGACUUUGGAAGCAGUGUCCUGUCUGAUGAUCAGAUGGAUUAGGUUGGAUGAUAUCAUCAUCGACGUCAUUGUGUCGUCAAGAAGGCUCAUCUAUGCAAAGCAAGAAUAGCAUCCAUCUUCAUAAGACUCUGGAAGUCAACCCUGAUGAGAGUGCAUCGAGUUUCUUCCAUGUUUGAUGUAUCGUCUUUAAGAUUCAGACUGGGGGCGGUGCUACAUAUUGGGAACCAAGCCAAAAAGAUCACAGUGAUGAUUGCUAUAUAUUAAAGCAUGUUUAAAAUGUCAAAUGUUUUAGUAUGGUUAUGGAAAGUUGUUUUAUGUAACGUUACGCAAUUCAAUAUCAUUUUUGUUGCUUUUUAGGAAGCUCUGCUAGCAGUGUAUAAGGGGCGACCGUCCCCUAAUUCAUUGAUAAGAAAUAACGUAGAAAGCGGAGGACAAGAAUUAGACUUAUUGAAAAGUUGAGUAUUGUGUAACUGUAUGUAAUAUCAAUUUUUCAUUAAGAAAAACAAAUAAUGUAGAAACCCUAAGGUUAUUAUACCCCCAUCAACAAUCGUAGCUUCAAUUAAGAUGUUUAUAUAUUGUUAUCAUGAAAAUGUACAAUUUUGGCAUAUGCAUUCUGCGUUAUGUUACUACCAUAAUGACAAAUCUGCUUUACAGUGGACUGAACAUCGCUGAUAAUUAAGUACACGACAAGUUGGGAAACAGUUUUAUUGAAAUAAACCUACUCCAGUACUAUAGUUCUUUUUAAUAAAAUUUAGUCAGGUUUUAAUAUCAGUACAUAUGCAGUCCAUGCUGGCACAUUAAAUGCCAUGCAUAUCAUUUCAGAAGAUAUGUAACUCCUAGUUAAAAUACAGUUCGAUUAUACAUUAAUAUAUUCUAACAACAUAAAUUAAUAACAGAAUGUCGAGCUCUUAAGGUAUUAUGGACCAUAAACAUGAAAUUGGAGUUCUUAUCAUAAACUUCAAGUUUGAGAUGCUUUCAACAAAUAUUAAAAAAUUAUACAUGUUUAUCAAUAUGUCUUACUAAAUUCAUAAAAAUUGAGUGGUACCUGAUAAGAAAUAUACCUUUCUGUAUUAACAGUAAUGAAACUAUUUAAAAUGCUUUUGUUCUUGCAAUUGUUCUAUAUGGUCGAAUUUUGAACACUGGAUCUUUUGUUUUACCAGGAAAAAGGAUAUUCACGAAGUAACAAAUGGAUUUGCUUCUGUGGUAGAAAUAAUAUACGCUUAUUUAUAUUUGUAAGAGGAUAUACAUUCUAAGACAAUCUAAGAAAUACAUGUAAAUGACAUGACUUUGAGAUAAUUCUAUCAGCGUUGAAACGUCCUAACGAAAUUGAAAUACAUGCAUAUCAAACUUAUCUCAGAGAAUGACUAUCAAAACGAAGUUGCUUUAUUUCAUGAUCUUUUUGUUAUGUUGUUGGCAAUUUCCCUAAACAAAUAUGAAAAUUUACACUUUACGUACGUUAUUUUUUCCCAUUCCAAUGUGCUAGUGAUUUUGGCACGCCUUUCCCCCCCCCCCCCCCUCACACAAUAUAAUUGUACCUUUGACCGUAUUCGUCGUACAUGUAUGUGUUAUCGACGAAAUACCUAUGCAAAUAUCUGUAAGAAAAUUGUUUUGUGUAUUGUGUAAUUCAUGUUUAUUUUCAAAAAAAAAAAAAAUAGGGGGGGGGAUAUACCGGAUUUCCAAAACCUCUAUAAUUAUUGUUUCUUCUUUCAACCCUUUGUUGUUGUCAGCUUGAUAUAUUUUCUUUAGAAAAAAAAGGAAGAUAAUUUUAUAGUCAUGGUGCUGGAAUUAUUUACCUUUGUAAUUCCAAUAGGUUUAUACCCAGUAAAUAUUGGUUUCAUGUCCUGAUAUUCCCGUUUUCGUACUUUUAUUGGUGGUGGAGGCAGUCAAGAUAUCUUCCAGGUACACAGUAUCUUCAUACUUCACCAUAUCAUACUGCAAUGUAGGCCUACAAAAGUAUAUGGUAUUCAUGAGGGUAUCUUUUUUUCAUAUUGGCUUAGAUGUUCUCCCUUUUUCACUACACAAGUAGAUAAAAUGGUGAAUAUCUAACUGAACGAAAGUGUUUUUCUAAACACACUCGUCUCAGAAAUAUGAGCAAGGUAAAUAUUUCCAUCUGAGCUUUCACAAUGACGAUCUCCUUCAUUUCAAGCUCUGUUUACUUUGGUACUGUAAUCAUGUCAGGUUAUCGAAGAUAUAAUUUCAGAUGUGAAGAAUUGACUCGACAUCAUCUGGUCUGCAUGACCUUUUACCACAGUUGAUGAGAACAUGAAUUUCUGUUUAAUUAAGUCAUCCACAAGAUGUGUUACUGUUUACACAUUGACAAUAUAUAUUUUUAAAUGUCAAAUCUUUCAAUUUAUCAUUUGAUCAUUUAAGAGUAGGCCUUAUUCCUGCGUGACGUCUAAAUAGUUGUCAGUGUGAAAUAAAGUACAUCAUUAUGUUUUAAAGUACCUAUGACAAAAAUACGAGGUUUAACUAUUUUCCAUCAUCCGAAUUUGAUUGCAAAAUAACUAAUGGCAUCGUGAUCGUUUUAAAUAUUUUUACAUACUUGUAAAAUACAAUGAAUCUUCCAUCAUGUUCUCCACAUUUGAAGUAAUAAAACAUUGCCAUUAUUUUCAAUAAUAACUUUUCCUUGUUUUUUUCUCUUGUUCUCAUUG